UGUCUAUUCGCUCCGCAACUUGGUCAGCAGUCGCUCGUUCCUCCAUUUCGCUGCGUCGAAAGUCUCCUCCCCGCAACCGCUAGAUUCAGCGAUUCCGGACCCAGUCUCUCUCGGACCGUUCUUUAACUUGAUCCUACGAACCUGCCAGUACCUCACUGGGUACCGAGAGACAGUUCGGAAUAGUCUCAACACGGAUUGAGUACGAUUUGAAGCGGAUGGCGACUCCUUCAGCGAGAAUUUAGUAAAAGAAAAGUGCUCGGAAAUUUCAGACCCUCAGAUGCAGCGGUACCCUUGAUCUCAGCAUCCUGGAAGUGGAAAUCACGGAAGAGACUGGUGCUUCAUCACAUAGAGGUUCAGUGUGUAGCACUGCUGGUUCUGAAGCAGGGCAGUCUGGGGAAGAGGCGGUGCAGCAGCACACCUGUCCGGCAGUGGCUGUGCUGGGUGGCACCUCCGUGGCUGCGCAGAAUGUGGCUGGGCCACCCCAGCAUGCCCUGCAGCCAGUCGCAGCUGCCACUCUACCACCGUCAUCGGUUAACAUCGGCACUGGAUCUCAGCAGCAGAAAGGAGACUCAAAGGCUGCAUGUAAAGAACAGACCAUCGCUCGCGUUCAACGAAGCUGCGACAUCAAGGAACCCGAGGAGAUACUGGCGGUCCAAAGAGGACUGGUGUCAGCUACUGAUAAAAACUCAAAAAAGCUUACAGACGCAUUGGAGGGUCAGACUCCCUCAGACAAACUUUUUGAAAGCGGGACUGAUAGUAUUGGGCAAAAACAGGAUUUGCUUUACGGGUGUAACACAAAGCAAUCGAGCCUUGCAUACAGGGAGGUCGAUAUGGCGGAAGGAUCCAGCACAGGCCACUGCCAAGAUUGGAGCCAACACCCUGGAGAUGCAGGGGGUGUUACUGCCCCUAUUGAGGCAGAAAAGGGACCCUUGCCUCCAGACACAAUCAAAUUGGACUACAAGAACAUGUGUGGAAAGCACACACUUGGAGAAAGCCCCUGUGAUCCAAGAACAGAAGUCAUGCCACCAGUCUCGAGUGCAGUUAAGACUACAGACAGAGACAUGGAGCAGCUUCAAACAACUCCCCUUUUUCAGACAAAUCAGACUGCCGCCUCAUCUGCAUUUGAGGUCCUACAAGAACAAAAUACGACAAAUUCAGCGAAGCAGGCUAGUAAACUUGACUCUAAGGAGGCUAUGGAAGUUUUCACACAAGAUCUGCCUAAAACAAACAAAGAAGGUGCCGUUAGUCCAGGUAGACAAAACUUGUCAGCUGAGGGAACAAAACAAGGUAUUCGCGGAAAUUAUCUUUGCUCAGGAUAUUCAUCAUCAAAUCAAGGGGGGCAGCACAUUACCCCUGAGAGUGGAAAUAGCAUGCAAAAUGACUCAGAUAAGGGCAGCUGUUAUCCCUCAGAGGACUGCAGUAAAACACAAAGGGCUACACAAAAGACAAGCCCCCUUCAUAAAACACCUGGCGUGCCCACCCCGCCUGAGAAUACAAAGUGUGUGCAAGAGCUAAGCUCUCAGUAUGUACAUGUAAGUGAAACCCCAAAAAAUUUUCUGUUGGGUAAAGAGACUAGUGCAAGGGAGGGACAAGGCAAUAAGAAAGUCCCUGUUGAUGGAGAUCUGUGUUGUAACGUGGCUGCUAAAGAAGUAUUUCACAACAUUUCUGUUGAUGAACCAAAGCUGUCUGGGCAUGUGACAUGCACUGACAAUGUACAGGUCUCCAUUGUGAGUGAAAGGUCACAAGUCAUGGUUUGCGGCUCUUCUGAUGCGAUUUUGAAGCAGAAUGACAGUGCCAAUCCAAUAGAAAUAUCUAUGUCCUCAAAUCACCAACAGGAUAGGAGCAUGCUGCUCGCUCACAUGGAGAAUUGUGUGACUUUAGAGGGUCAAGAAUCAGAUCAGCCAAAUCUUUCUGACUUUAUGGUCCAACAAGUACAAGAGUCCAUUCCAGCAGAUCAUAAACUCUCACAAAUUCAGAUAUGCCUGAAUGACAACCCAGAUAUCGUGACUGUGGAAGAAAGGCAGGAAGUGAGUGCAGAGGCUCUCAAUGCUGUCAAGGUGAAAGAUUUGAUUGAUGCAGGUAUUUUAAUGCAGCCAGAUUUGGAGGAUACUUGGCUGGUUGUAAGUGAGAUAGACGGGCAGUCCGAGCAUGCAGAGAUGGAGGUCAGCGAGGAGUCUCUGGUGCAGUGCCCCGAAUCCCAGUCAACUGUUGCUGUAUAUGAAUGCACUGUGCCCUGCUUUACAUCCGCUGCCAUUCACAGUGAAGUUAAGCUCCUGUUAACUGACAAAGAAGAGGAGGAACCAAUGGAAACACUGACGCAAGAUUCACAAGCCCAGAGUAAUCUAGGGACUCAUUCUGAUAUACUCAAACCCACAGGAGGUUUAAGGACCAUACCUUCUAUGCAAAAAGAAGGAUCUAUAAUUGUCAAGCAACAUGAUGAUUCAAGUCCCACUGAUCUUGCGAACACAUUAACAGGGUUAACGUCCACAGUGUUGGAUGUCACGCUUAACUCUGUGCAAGAGCAGCAACAAUCUGAUGUAGUGGAAAACACACAAGGUGUGUCAUUAAUUUCAUUAUCUUGUGGCACGAUUGACCCAAUGCUAUUGAUCUUAAAGAAGGGUGACAACCCUGCCCUUAAGCAACCUUCUUCUCUGUCAGCAAGGAUCUCAACCAAUCAGAACUCCCUUGUCCAGGCUGGAUCCCCCAGUGAUGGAUUAAAUAAAGCUUCAGAGUGCCUUGCUAAAACUGAUACAGCUGCAUCUCCCACAGUAAAGGAGGAUGCCACGUUACCUGCUGACCGCCCUGUCUCAAACACUUUCUCUUUGUCUUCUCAGACUGUUUCCACUUCUAAUGUACUUUCACAGAACAGAUCUGUGAAAGAAAACGUAAAUAAAUCAAAUAGUUCUGGCAAGAUGCUUCAAAAUGAAUCCCCUGCUAACACUUCAUCAGCUUCAGUACAACUCCAUAACACACAAAGCCACCUUACUCUAUCUACUGGUGAUGUGUGUGGUACCGUAUCCAGUGUUGUCCCCGAGGGGAAUAAGUGUAAACCGUCAUCGGCCGCUACACCAUGCCAAGAUUCAAUGUCUUUGGGAGGUGAACUGGAGUUGGAGCAGCAUCAGUUACCAGACAAACUUUUGUCAACAAUGCAAAAUGUUCAACACACCAUCCUGGAGCCACUUGAUGCUUCUGUAGAAGAGAGCAGCGACGGAGAGGUUGACAGCUCUAUGGAGGUCCAGAAUGAGGAUAGCAAUGCUAUGUCCAGUCCAGCAGCGAACAAGCAUGGGCAGAGCAGGACAGACAGACAAGGCUUGUUAUUGAAGGUUUGCCAGUGGAUUGCAGGCAAGGUUACAGCAGUCUCUACUCCUUCCUCCUCCCCCGUUCCAUGUCCAUCUCCAUCUCCCUCAUCCGGUGACUGGAUGCGUUCUCACACAGGCAGAGGCUCACCUGUACUCAACUCUCAUGGCAAAAACAUGCCCUCCACUUCCUCCCAGGGUUCUGGAUGCUGUUCUCAGUCAGAGCAAACAACCACCCUGAAAUCCACCCCGAAGCACACAGACAUGGCAGAACUGGCAAAGCAUGAAGCAGAAAUAGAACAUCGAACCCUUGCACUGAAACGUGAAGGUUUCUGGUCCCUAAAACGCCUGUCUCGUAUAACCGAACCAGUACGGCCAAAAGUUCAUUGGGAUUACCUCUGUGAGGAAAUGCAGUGGCUCUCUGCAGACUUUGCACAAGAGAGGCGAUGGAAAAGAGGAGUGGCCCGAAAGGUAGUACGGAUGGUGAUGCGCCACCAUGAGGAGCUGAGGCAGAAGGAAGAGAGAGCGAAACGUGAGGAGCAGGCCAAACUGAGGAGAGUUGCUUCUUCUAUUGCCAAGGAGGUCCGUGCCUUCUGGAGCAGCGUUGAGAAGGUGGUCCAGUAUAAACAACAGUCCAGACUGGAGGAGAAGCGGAAGAAGGCCCUAGAUCUCCAGCUGGAUUUCAUUGUGGGUCAGACAGAGCGUUACUCUGACUUGUUAAGUCAGUCCCUGCAUGCCGCUCCUGAACAAAGUUCAGACACUGCAGCUGUCUCAAAAGAACCACAGCUGAAUGCUGUUGAUGAUGAUGAUAGAGACUUUGAGCCACCUUGUGAGGAGGAUGAUGAUGAAGAGACCAUAGAGGUAGAGGAGCAGCAAGAGGGGAAUGAUGCAGAGACACAAAGGCGAGAGAUAGAGUUACUGAGGGAGGAGGGCACUCUGCCUCUGGACCAGCUACUCAGUACUUUAACUCUCCCCCAGGUUGUUGAAACAGAAGAAGAGGCCUCGGAUGCUUCAUCUUCUACAGUUGAAGAUGAAGACAAAGAAUUCAGUGCCAAUGAAGAAGAUGCGAAAGAUGAAGAAGACACUAUUGCAGCCCAGGAAGUUAUUGAAGGAGAGGGAGACCAUGUAGAGGAACUGGAUGAUCUUGCUAAAGAGGGGGAGAUGAGCAUGGAAGAGCUCUUAGAGAAGUACAGAGGAGCGUAUGCCUCUGAUUUUGAGGAGCCCUCAGCAUCACCAGAUUCCUCAGAAGAAUCAGAGGGAACUGAGGAGGAAGCGGAGGAAGAGACGGAAGGAGAGGACAGUGCUGAUGAUAGUGGCUCCUCCUCAGGUUCCCAAGCAGCUGUAGACAGUGACGAAGAAGAGGUGGAUGAGGAAGUGCAAGAGAGUGAUGAUGAUGAGGAUGAUGGAGGUGAGGGAAUGGAGGUUCUGCUGAGAGAGGGAGACCAUAGUCCCACUGUCACGACCUCUCCCCGACCUAAGAAAGAAAUCAGCCACAUUGCUGCUACUGCUGAGAGCCUUCAACCUAAGGGAUAUACACUGGCAACAACAAAGGUCAAAACACCGAUUCCAUUUCUGCUUCAUGGUACUUUGCGUGAGUACCAGCACAUUGGACUGGACUGGUUGGUCACCAUGAAUGAGAAGAAACUCAAUGGCAUACUUGCAGAUGAAAUGGGGCUUGGCAAAACCAUCCAAACCAUCGCUCUGUUAGCUCAUCUAGCUUGUGUAAAGGGUAACUGGGGUCCACAUUUGAUCAUUGUGCCCACCAGUGUAAUGCUCAACUGGGAGAUGGAGUUGAAGCGUUGGUGCCCAGGGUUCAAAAUCCUCACCUACUAUGGCAGCCAGAAGGAGCGCAAACUCAAGCGACAAGGCUGGACCAAACCCAAUGCUUUCCAUGUUUGCAUCACCUCGUAUAAGCUAGUAUUGCAAGAUCAUCAGGCUUUUAGACGCAAGUCUUGGAGGUACCUCAUUCUGGAUGAAGCCCAGAACAUCAAGAACUUUAAGUCUCAGCGCUGGCAAAGCUUGCUCAACUUUAACAGUCAAAGGCGAUUGUUGCUCACAGGUACCCCUCUCCAGAACAGUCUAAUGGAGCUUUGGUCUCUUAUGCACUUCCUCAUGCCUCACGUUUUCCAGUCCCACCGUGAGUUCAAGGAGUGGUUCUCAAACCCGCUCACUGGCAUGAUUGAAGGGAGCCAGGAGUACAACGAGGGCUUGAUCAAACGACUUCACAAGGUGCUACGACCAUUUCUGCUGCGAAGAAUAAAAGCAGAUGUGGAGAAACAAAUGCCCAAAAAAUAUGAGCAUGUUGUGCGCUGUCGACUCUCGAAAAGACAGCGUUUUCUCUAUGAUGACUUCAUGGCCCAGGCCUCGACACGAGAGACUUUAGCCAGUGGUCAUUUCAUGUCUGUCAUCAACAUCCUGAUGCAGCUGCGGAAAGUGUGUAAUCACCCUAACCUGUUUGAUCCAAGGCCCAUACAUUCUCCCUUCAUCACAAAGGCCAUCAUCUAUUCUACUGCUUCACUGGUUCAGCGGGCUCUUGAGACCUCACCAUUUGAGCGCUGUGACUUGUCCAUAUUUGACCUGGUUGGCCUGGAGCAGCGCGUGUCUCGAUACCAGGCAGAUGUUUUCCUGCCUCAGAGGAAAGUGACACAUCAGCUUAUUCAGGAAAUCAUGGAGUCCCCUGACCCUCCUCCCAGACCGAAGCCUGUUCGCAUGAAGGUCAACAGGAUGCUCCAGCCUCUUCCUAAGUCUGAUGGGCGUUCAGCAGUGAACAGCCCUCGGUCAGCGUGUCCUACCACCACCACGGUUCAGACUCCAAAGCCUCUAAUCACAGAGGUUACCCCUUCACAAGCUCCCUCCCAGCCAGCACCUCAAGUUUGUCCUGUUACUCCUGUCACUACAUUAAGAGCUCCAGUGGCUCCUAGUAGCGUCCCUUCUGCACCUGCAGUCAGGCCGCCAGCCCCCCAGCCAGUGACUGUGCGUCCCUCAGCACCCUCCAGCAUCACAACGGUGUCCACUCCCCCUCAACCACCAAGCAACAUUAUGACUCAAAGGGUCCUGCUCAGUCCAGAUAUGCAGGCUCGUUUGCCAUCCGGUGAAGUUGUAAGUAUCGCUCAGCUGGCCUCCCUGGCAGGCCGACCAGUGUCGUCCUCUCAGGGCAGUAAACCAGUAACCUUCCAGCUACAGGGCAACAAGCUCACACUCUCUGGGACUCCGCUGCACCAGGUCCCAGUUCCACAGCCACGACCCAUCCAAGGAAAUGUAAUGCAUCUGGUUUCCAGUAGUGGGCAGCACCACCUUAUUAGUCAGCCAGCUCAGGUGGCAGUUCUUCACACAGUUAGUCAGACAGGUAGCAGCUCAGCAAAUCCAUACCCAGCCAGCACAACCCCAACCUGCUCUGGACUAGCAUUACCUUUCACCGCUACUCAAGUCCCAACAUCCAUUGUAAGUGGACCCGGAAUUGUAAAGAUUGUUGUACGACAGGCACCAAGUAAAGAAGGAGGGUCAAUCCCUACUCUAGCCGUGCCUCCUUCUCCUCGUCCUGCUCCUCCUCAGUCGGUCACCCUUCACCCACAUGGCACUCCAAGCCCUGUUCUUAGAGCGUCGGCUGCUUCACAGCCUCCACACCGGCCUCCGGUUUAUGCUGCUCCUCCCCGAACUGUUGCUUCCUCCCAGACUCCACCCACUCGUCCUGUGCUGAGAGUAGUACAGGCACCAGCACCAGCCCCAGAACCACCAGUUACGAAGGCAAAUUCAUCAUCAGUACGUGAGGACAGUAAUAAUGAUGUGAUAACUUUGCACAUGAGCACUCCUAAGCCUACAUCCUCAUCUCAGAGUAGUGGGUCAACAUCUCAGCGUCCCCGCAUUCAGCCGCCGCCACCACCACGUUCCCCCUUCUACGUGUCAUGGCUUGCAGACAGGCGAAAGGCUCAGCGAGACGACAGAAUCUCUCAAAUCAUGCGCAUCAAUGAGCUGCACUGCAGUGCCAAGCCUGUGUAUGGCCGUGAGGUGCUGGACUUUCUAACCUUCCUCCCAGGCCAUUGUCCAUCUCCGCCACGUCCUGUUGUAAACAACUGGAGUUACUCGGGUUAUAGCUCCUGCCUCACGGCUCAGUCACACGAUAUAAGUAGUAUUUUGGAAAAGAGCAAAGUCCUGAAGGAAGCCAUCAACAACUCAGAGGACAAGCUUCAACUUCUCUCUGAGGUCAUAGAGAGGUUCACUUUUGUCAUUCCUCCAGUUGAGGCAAAGCCUAUCACCAUGCACAGCUGCCACCCACCUCCCUCCCUCAGACACCAGCAAUCUCUUUUCUCCUCUGUUUUAUCUUCCCGUCUCUCCCCGCUUACACACACGCUCCAUCGCAUCCAGUGUAACAUGAGGACACAUUUCCCUGACUUGAGGCUUAUUCAGUAUGACUGUGGUAAACUGCAGACACUCCACCUCCUACUUAGAAGGUUGAAGGCAGGAGGGCACAGAGUCCUCAUCUUCACUCAGAUGACACGUAUGCUAGAUAUACUUGAGCAGUUCCUCAACUACCAUGGGCACAUCUACCUGCGGUUGGAUGGAAGUACACGUGUAGAACAGAGACAGGCUCUGAUGGAGCGCUUCAAUGCAGACCGUCGCAUAUUCUGCUUCAUCCUGUCCACCCGCAGUGGAGGUGUAGGUGUUAACCUUACUGGGGCAGAUACAGUGGUGUUCUAUGACAGUGAUUGGAACCCAACCAUGGAUGCCCAAGCUCAGGACCGGUGCCACAGAAUUGGACAGACAAGAGAUGUCCACAUCUAUAGGCUAAUCAGUGAACGUACAGUUGAAGAAAAUAUUCUGAAAAAAGCCAAUCAAAAAAGGAUGUUGGGAGAUAUGGCUAUUGAAGGGGGAAACUUUACCACUGCCUUUUUUAAGGAGCAAACUAUCAGAGAGUUGUUUGAUGUGUCAGAGGGAGAGAAGAAAGUGGCUGAACUGAGUGUGCCUCAGACAUAUGAUGAAGAAUCCAUCAAUAAACAACACACCACCAUUUUGGAACAGGCCCUGUGUCGUGCUGAGGAUGAAGAAGAUAUUGUGGCUGCAUCUCAAGCCAAGGCUGAGCAGGUGGCUGAGCUUGCAGAGUUUAACGAGAACAUCCCGCUGGAUGAUGGUGACAGCCGAGACCAGGAAGAGGAGGAGCUUUCCAAAGCUGAGCAGGAAAUCAAUGCCCUGGUUGAACAGCUCACUCCCAUAGAACGAUAUGCCAUGAAUUUCCUUGAGGCUUCCCUUGAAGAUAUUUGCAAAGAGGAGCUGAAGCAGGCAGAGGAGCAAGUUGAGGCUGCAAGGAAAGGGUUGGAUCAGGCAAAGGAAGAAGGUUUGAAACUGCAUCAGUCAUCUGACAGUGAUGAAGAGGAUUCCAUACCUCACAGUACCGAGGAACCUACUCCAACCCGUCGCCCUCGCAAACACAAAGAGAAAGGGGCUCCUUCUACAAGGGUCAGUGGCAGGCUCAGAGGUACACCUGCUGACGAUAUACCCCUAACCCGGCUGUCGCCAGAAAGAGGCAGGAGGGGGGCAUGGAUGAACUCUGAGCGCAGUAUAAGCCAAACGCCUGGGUCCACACAAAAGUCGCCCCAACACAGAGAAGUGCCUGAGAAGCUUCGCAGUGGUCCGUGCGGGCGAGGGACAACCAAAGAAUCUGAAUCGCUCAUGUCAUUAGAAAACCAGACAGUCCAAACCAACCAGCAGCUCUCAGAUUCAACAACCUUGUCCCCUGCUAUGCAGGGCUCAGUCCAAAAAAUUAGAAAUGUGCCAUCCCCCCACCUGCAGCCCAUCUCCCCAUCAAGCUCUGUGCCUUCAGCUGCUGUAUCUCCUGCAAUAGACAGAAACAAUUGUGGCCAUCAGUCCUCCGCUUCUGCUGCAUGCACAGAGGACAGUGAAGAGCAGGGGGGAGAGGCAGUGUCUGAAACUGUACAGUGUAGCAGGAGAGAUAGGAGAGCAUCUGCAUCAUCAGACUCCAUCUGUUCUCCUGAGCAUCAUUCUGAACAGGAUGGUCAGCUCUCCCUUUCUCCUACUCUUACAUCUCCUAACUCUCGUUCACCACGAAAGCGGCAGUCUGCUGAAAGUGAAAUUCUCAAGGGACUUCCAGAAGAUUCUCCAUCAGCCAAAGUCCUUCGAAAGCUUCCAGGUCGUCUAGUCACGGUGGUGGAAGAGAAGGAGCCCAAAAGGAGACGGAGGGGAAUGAGUGGAAGUGGAGGAGUGCACAACGAGGGUUCAUCAGAGGACACUGAACAGCUAGAACCAGUUCAAGAACCAGCCACUCAGGCAUCUGAUGGAGCAAGUCAAACUCUUAAAGACUCUCCUCCUAUAUCAGUCCCCACAUCCUUAGCUUCUUCGUCACUAACACCACCACCACCACCACCACCACGAGAGCAGGAACAGGCCUCUCCGUUACAGUAUAGUCCAGGGAGAGGGCACCACCCCUGUUCCCCAACACACUAUUCACCAGAUAUGCCUGUCCUACGGAACUUACCAGUGCGCCGAAGGCUUGAGACAGAGUCUAGAAUGGCUGCACAGUUAGGAGAGCAAUUUCUAGGUAGAGGUAGAGGGGUGGAUCGGAGAUCUGCUUUGUCACCAAAGAAACCAGAAACUAAUUCAGACAAGGACAGUGCUGCUCAAACUGACUCAAAUGUCACCAAUCUUAUAUCAGUGAAGCGCAAGAGGGGCAGGCCACCUAAAACACCCCCAAGGGCACCAGAGCUGCCAGAAGACAAGAAACCAGUAACCCAGAAAACCGGUCCUGAGCAGAGUACCCCUCACUCACCAAAACGGAAAAGGGGUCGUCCACGUAAAGAUUCCACCACAACUACAAGCUCACCACCAUCUUCUCCUUCUACAGGUGCUCCUUCCUCCCUAGAGCCUAAUUUGUCAACGUCCAAUGUUAUGCCCGUGACUUUGCCUGUUGUGAGUAAAACUUCACCAAUAAGCUCUCCAACACUCAACCCCACUUCACCCUCAAAUGCUGCUGAAUUGUCGUCUUCUAAACCUGAUUCAGAAACAAAUCAAUCCACUACGUCUGUUUUACUGUCCUCUAUGUAUAGAGACUCUCAAAAUAUGUCCUUGUCCACAUCAGAACAUGGUGUAGACUCACAAGGUGAUACUCACACCAGUCCAAACCCUGUAAUUGCAUGCAUUGACUCUGACACCAACACACUUAAAACUUCACCACACAAGAUUUCUAUUGCAGAGGUCUCUCAGACUUGUGCUGCUUCUUCCCUUACACUACAGCUUCCAAGUCCCCUAAGAGAGCCUCCCACUUGUACCCACUUGUCCCUCAUCCAUGCAGAGGAACUUACCCAAAUGCCUGUACUUUCUAAGACCAGUGAAAUCACAGCAUUUUCAGAACCUUCUGCUGUAGAGGCUGAGGAAAAUUCACUCACAACUAACCAACAAAUAGAUAAUUUGCAGUGCUCAAAUACAUCAACUCAUGUCACAUCACAACCCUUACACAGAAGCAGUGCAACUGCCGACUCUUCACAAACCUUUGUAGAACCCAUUUGCAAUAUAGCUGCAUCUCCUGUUGCCACUCAUCAGACAUUCACCCAACCUUUUCCACCUGCUUUGACUUCUGGGAUUGAGCCAGAAUCAUCUUCAUCUAAAUCAGAGGCACCAGAGGCUUCGGUUACACUGACUCUGUCAACAGUCCAACAGUCAACACCGAAGUCUGAUCAAACUUCUGUUCCUACCUCACAACUUCAAAUUACAGCCAUUGAAGCAGCAACAGAUUCAGCACCUGUAUCACACAAAAUGUCUUUAACAUCUUUACAAUCUCCAUCUACAGAUAAUCAGACAAAAUCAGAUUCUCUGUCAACAUUCAGUUAUAAAGAUGCAGAUUCUUCUCCACCCCAAAACAUGCCAGUGGCUGAUAAUCAUGAAGGCCAACAUUCAUCCAAGGAUGAGGUUGUAACUGAGCAGGAGGAGGAGGUUGUAACUGAGGAGACAGAGAAAAUGGAAGUAGACCAUGUUGCUGAGGAUAAUGCAGGAGGAAAUGAUGGUGUUUUAUCUCAGCCAAAAAGAAAGAAAUUGGAUAGUUUGCCAAAGGAACAGACACCCAGUGCCUCUGGAAUUGCCUCAUCAAAUUCGGAUAUUGAGACUCAUGAUGCUCCCAAGAGUGAUGGACCUGUUAACCCAUCAGAAGAGGAGAAAACGGAGGACAGAGAGACCAGAACUUCUGCCAAAAAACGAAGCAUUAGUAGACAAAGCAGCCAGGAGUCAGUUCGUUCCUCUUCCCCAUCUUCUGUAUCCUCCAGUGGUACAAGAUCAUCUCAGUCCAAAAAGGUUGGAGAGAGUAGGAGGCCUUCAAAAAGGAAACGGGAUGAUAUAAAGUCUGAAAAGGGGAAAACUGAAGAAGGGUCUGACAGAAAGCACCAGUCCAACUCUUCUUCCUCAUCUUCAGACUCUGAGGACUCUUAUAGUAUAAAAAGAUGUCUGACAAGAUCAGCUCAAAAGAAGUUGGAGAAAGAUGGCACUAUUGCUAAAAAUGACGAGAGCAGUAAUAGACAAAGGGGAAGGUCAGACAAGAAGGGUCAAACCACCAAUACCACAGAAGGGGAGUCCAGUGGUGAAACGUGUUCAAGAGCGACCCGGAAAUCUGCUGGCCCACAAUCCAAUACUUUAGCUUCCCCUGAACCUGAGGUCCUGGGCAAACGCUGCUCAGCCCUUAAUGCUGCAGCCAAACUCUUUGCAAUGAGGGGAAGAGGACCAGACACACCCAGUCCUAGCCCCAAAAAUAAGAAUGCUGUACAGCAAAGCAGAGCACUGUCCUCUGAAAGAAGCAGUAAACCCAAGGGGAAAACAGGACAGGACUCUCCUAAGAUGUAUAACAGUAAAGCAGAGAGUGGUAGGCAAACCCCCAAUCAGACAACUGAAUCACCACAGUCCUCCUCUUCUGCUCGAUCCACUCGGCAGCGACCAGGCAGCCUUGUCCCCCCCUUGGAAACAGAAAGGGUUAAAAAAGAAGAAAAGAAAAAGGCAUCUGAUCAGAAGGAAGGUGAAUAUGAAAAUAGAGAGACCAGGUCUUCAAGAGGUCAUAGUGCCUGCAGUAGUAUAAGCAGUGAAAGAGGAGCAGGCAGCAGUAGAAGUCGGAGUAGCAGCAACAGCAGUCAGCGCACCCACAGUCUAAGCUCGCAGAGUACAGAGCCUACCCGCUCCCGUUCCAGAGCAGCCUCCUCUGGUAGUGAUACAGAGAGAGGCAAAAGUAUUCGGCGGAAGAGCGAUGGAGGGAGAGACAGGGAGAGCAGGAAAGACAAGAGGUCCCAGAAGCAUGACAAACCUGAACUGAGUGCUGGGUCCAGUGAUGGGACUCCGGACAGGGUUCUCAGGAGUGUAGCUGCACUGGCAGCCGCUCAGGCACGUACUCCAGCUAGCAACACACGCUCUUCAUCCACCCAACACCGGCACUCCAAGACGUGA